UCUCAAAAAAUCCAUGCGAUUAAUCGCGAUUAAAUAUUUUAAUCGUUGCCCAGCACUAAUGUAAAUAUUUAACCGAGUAGUAUUUCUGGUGCCGACUAGCAAGGGAAGCAACAUUUAAUCGACAAGUUUGACUAAUCGCGCACAUCCCUAGGAGGAACACAAGCUCCAUUUUGUUCAGGCGGUGCCUCAGCAUCAACUCCUAGAGAACUACAAGCAAGGCACUAAUCCGAGAGAGUGACGUCAUCUGUGAUCGAUUAACUAGCGGACUGGUAGCGGCAGAACGCUGUCGGGGAGUAGAUGUAGACUCUGCUCAGUCUUGGGCCUUGGUGCCCCCCCCCAGCGGUACUACGGUGGUGUGUAACUGCUGCACUCCACUCACUCGAAUUAGCGAAUGCUAACAGACGAAUAUCCGAAUAGUCGAUUAUUCGGGUCCAGCCCUACUCUACACAUUGCUCAUAUCAAUGAAUGAAUGCACCCGCCUUACGUGCAAAAAUGUACUUCAAAUACAUUUCAAAAUCGCCAGCUAGCAACGUUGGUACGUGGCCGCAUAUGUGUGUGUGUUACUUUUUAUUGAUGGUUAUUAGUCAUAAUUUGGGGAACUUCGACUGUCAGUCAUAACAAAUAAUGGCCUAUAGCAUUGCUUUUACAUUUCUGUUGCAAGCCACUUUUAAAAUGUGUAGCUCUAGCCGAUUAUACGCUAACCUUACUUGGCAAAGCGAUUCGGGUGAAACGGCUGAUGAGCUCGUGGAGCGGGGGUGCGUGAGCAGCCAGGUGACUAAAUGUAAAUAACCAGGAAAAAUGGAUACAACGCAGAUAUAGAGCUGCUGUGGUUGCUCUGCUGUUGAAUGAGGAAGAAGGGAAAAUUAUAUAGUGCGUUGUAAUUAAAAACCGCCCACAUCAACCUUUGUCCAUUCCUACCACAUCUAUUAGCAUCAAAACAGGAAGUCGGUGGUAAAGUAGUAAAGCCCGGCUCUUGCUUAAUUGGAAAGGCUGACUGGGCCAAGUGUGACAUUGACAAGCGCUGCGACUCCGCGCCUGACGCUAAAAUGUUUUAUGGGCGUCUGAAAGAAAACGCACUAGAAUGCAAGAGGAGAGCAAAUACAGUUAAACAAAUUCCAAUGUUUUGGAUUAGUUUUGUCAGUGGAGUCUAAAAUGAUUGCCGACUUGAAGCUAACUGGUGAUACAAAUGUUAACGUAGCGGCCACAAGAAAGAUCACAAAUGUAACUGGAAGGUCACAUUGAAGUUGUUUUUAUGAAUAUUUAAAACUUCGUAUUUGUUUCAAUAACUAAUGAUUAUUGUUUGUAAUUAUGUAGAACACAGUAAUUCCACAAUACACAGAGAUGUAAGAUAAGUCGGUAAAAAUUAACAUUGCAGGUUAAAUACAAAAUACAAGAACACAGUUUAUCACUCCUCAAGAGCUCAAAACAGCAGGGAGACAAGCAGCAGCAGUAUUAAAAAAACAACUAAACAGAGUAACAUGGUCCAGACAAAGUCAGCAGUGUUCGUGAUUAAAGGGAUUGUUUCUGCUGUGGCUGCGUACACAGCAGCAGCAGCCAUUUUGUGUUGUAGCAUUCACCGCAAGCUAUCUAUCAAAGGGAAAAGAGUGGGGAUGGGGAAAGUGGGGAGUAGCUAGCUUGUUGACUGAUUCAAAUCACUUUGCUCAGUGACUGUUAGAACUAGACUUCACCAAGAGUGCUUUCCUGUUCCACAUCGGCUAAUUUAGUCCUAGACGUCUAAACACUAUAUUUGAAUCGUUUGGGGAGCUUUGAGUUUGUCAUUCACCUCUCUAGCUCCCUCCCUUGUUGGUGAGAACACCCUUCUGCUGCAAUGGUUUAGUCCGUGCUUGGCUGUAAAACUCCAGACUGGAGCCGACUGCUGGUGUGGGGGAGGGGUAUUGGCGCUCUGUGUAAAGGCUGUGGACUUCAGCUCUGACUGCGUGGUGCUAGCUAUAGCUUAUGGGAUGUGAUUUUACUUGUAGUUACUCCAAAGAUUGUCUUUAGGUCUUCAGAGUUUUACCAGAAAAAGAGAGGGAGAAACUGCAUGCAUAUAUUUCAGUUCUGCAAUUCACCAAAAGUAUUUUUAUUGCUAUGUCUUCAGGGAACCUGGGUUACUUUUAUUUUGAACCUGGUGUUUUUUUGUUUAUUCUGUGGUAAGCCCAUCAACAUUUAUUGGCUUUUCAGUGUAGCCAUGACAGGAGCCUUCAUCAGCAGCACUACAGAAUAAUCACCAUGUGCUUUCUCGAUUCACCUGGUUUGCCCCCCCCCCCCCCCCCUAAUUUUUUUCCCUCUUUUCCUUCUUCCCCAGCUCUUGCUAGUCUCCACUUAUUGAAAAAAAAAUAAAUAAAAAAAUCACACGUACAAUGUUGAGGUCUAAAGAGCAGUGGUGUUGCAUUUUUGCUGAACAGGUUAACCUUGUUUCAUAAAUAACUUUCCUUUGGUCGUAAUCUUUUGGAAUGUUUACAUUCUGUCCAUUUGUCAUUUCUAAACCUAAAACACUGAGAGAUGUCACAGUCUUAAUAAGUAUAUGCAACCGAUUUAUUUAGCUUCUAGGAUUAAUUGGUGUCUUUUAUUGGAAUCAAAAUUGUCACCGAUAUGUAGAAAAUAGUAUUUGAAACUAGUUUAACAUUUGAAGGAAAGAUGCCCCUCUUUGGAUGGAUUGGAAACGGGAAACAAAUAAGCAUACAUGAAGGAAUGGACUCUGGUUUCCUGCUUGCCGGAUAGCAGCAAACGUAAGUUUCUCUGCAGGCCACGAGUGACAUUAAUAUGAAGUGCAUUGUGAGCUAAUGGAAGCGAUUCCACUUCACCAGGAUAUUCAAAUGUAUGAUUCAUAUUUAUUUUUUACCAGGCAGUUAACUUUGUUUGUUUGUGUGUGUGUGUGGCGAUUGUUGAUGAUUAUGCUACAGGUCCAGCCUGCAUUGUUGACACUCAGCAUAUUUAGAAUCACAGUUAAAAUCCUGUAAACGUUCACGUUUCUCUCCGAAUUCAAACUAUUGGUAUCUUUUUUAUGUAUAGCCCUGAAAACUACGAUAUCAUCACCGUAUCUACUCAUUCAUUUAGGCUAACGGUUUUAAAUGAAUCGGUCAUACUCAUUGUGGGACUUCACAUGCGAGUGCAUCCAUCCAUCAUCACACUUUCUAUACCUCUCACUCUGGAGACUGGAGCCUCUCCUGGGCAUGCAUCGGCUGAGAGGCCGUGUCCACCUGACUCGCGGGUGUCUCGACUGUGAUCGUAAACUACAUUUCCCAGAAAAAAAAUGAACCAUUUCUUGAUUACACAAUCACUGCUUGUAACCAGGAGGUUCAGGGUGUAAUCAGUUAGCAAGGGGAUAUCAAUGGAGACUGGUGUGACUGUUUUUUGAGUAACAGCCUGAACAGUUGAUGUACAAUAAGUCAGUGUUACAGAAAUAAUAAUAGAAGGGAUUUGAUGCUCCAAAUAGGUAAUACAAACAGCAAUUUAACAACACACACAGUAGGUGAAUGUGAUACUGCAUGAGUUGCUUUAGCUCUUCGCAAGCAGUUGGAAUAGAGCGAAGCCCAGAUCGGUGUGAGAGCCUCUUAAACUGGCUACCUUGUGUAGAAAGGUGCGAAAUUAGCUUUUGUUUCAUUUAUCUAAAUAUUCCACAGCUGAAAUUUUGUGUGCCAGUGAGAGGUCUGCACACAGGAAUAACUUUAAAAUGGCGUGGUGCUGCUGUCGCAACAGGACAAGAUGUUGUGCUAGAUACAGCAGGCUCAGAGGGCUCUGUGUGGCUGCGCACAGCAGACCAGGUGGCCAUUUUGAGUUUCAGUGAAUCCAGAUGCAGGCAGCGAGGUUGGGGGGAGGGGAAGACAGCGCGCAGUAAUGUUGGAAUGCAGACUCUGCUCUCACUGGCUGACAUCUUUUUUUUCCACUCAGUGUUUAGCCUCCAUAGCAAAUGUCUAAAAUGGUAUUGUUUACACUUAUUUAGUUAUUUUUUUACAUCUUCUGUGACAGACGGUUGGAGACAGCAAAGUGUGAGCUUUACUGGCAUAUCGGUUGAAGCACCAUCUGCAGCCCGGAGGAGAAAAAGCAUUAUUUUAUUACCCUGUUAUCUAGCACCAGGUUCAUAAAACAUUUAGCACUACAAAUCAGAACUAUGAGAGGUGACAAAGUGGGAACUUAUCGGUUUAGCUCUUCAGCCAUAGUUUAGGGUGUUGCAUAACAGUGAAACUCUAAACCAGGAUAUAGAGGUGAUCAUUAUGACUAAAGUCAUUAAAUCCCAUUUGCUCUUUUAGAAAUAAGUUUUUGUUCAGUUUCCCCUCAAGACUCAUGAAUGAGUAUGGAGAGUUCUGCAGAUACUGUGCUUUUUUUUUUUUUUUUUUUUUUUUUGGAGGCGGGGUUUGUUAUAGGACCUGCUGAAGCCUGUGUUCAGCAUGCUACUCGCAGCGCAGCGCUGGUGGCCAUUUUGUGUUUCUGCAGUAGCAGAAAGGUGCCCGGUCGAAGAACGCAGGUUUUGUUUGCUCUCACAGCAGGGCUUUUGAUGUAGGACAGAAGGUUUCAAAUGGCAGGUCAUUGUAAUGAAUGAAUCACACAUUACUACUUCUGCUACUCCAACAGUGCAUUUCCUCUGUUUUGAGUCUCAAAGACAAAACUGGAAAUUACUUCAACAAACAAUUUUGUGAAGAAAAAAACAAGUGACAACCAACCAAGUCAAUUUCUCCGUUUUCAGGUGGGUGUUCUUUGUUCCUCUUGAGUAAAGAAGCACCCCCGUGUUGGAAUGGUUCAGUCCUCCCUGCUGUGGGAGAGGCCGGGCAGUUAGAGGCUGCUUACUGUGUCAAGCUGUGCUCUCAUUUGUUAGCUAUGCGCAGCUAGCUAUCUGUGUGGCUAUAAAGCAACAUUUGUUGCUUGUAAAUGAAAAAUGAUUAACAACAACAACAAAAAUACUACAAUAGAUAUUACUGAGAUGAUCUUUCAAUCUCCGAUGCGGUAGUUGUAGUCAACCAUGAGAAGUAGUUUUAUUCAUGUUUCAGAGGAAACAUACUUAUUUGGCUUAUAUCGAGUUGUUUAAAGACAUAACGUAAAACAAUAAGCUAAAAAAAACAAAACAGAGGUAGUGAUUCACUUUUUGGCGUCAAAAUUGCGUGAAAAUGUUACUCCUUGGCCUCAUUUAACAAAUCUUUGUUCGAUUACUUGAAUACUUGAUCCCUUUUCCUCUUUUGUUUUUCAAUGCCCCACCCCCACUCAUCCCCCCCACGUCAGAAUGGUUCAGUCCAUGUUUGGCUUGGAGAGGCUGAGAGCAAGGGGAAGAAGGAGUGAGUGUGAGAGAGAGAGAGAGAGAGAGUGUCUGUGUGUGUGGGAUAGAGAGAGAGACGGGGGAGGGUGGGUGCAGCUGCCUCUGGGUUGAGUGUGCUGUGGGUGUGUAAUUUAGCGCUGGCUGUGCGUGGCUAGCUAGGCCCUGACUUAAGUGCACGUUGUGCUGCAUUGUCAUGCAAAAGUGGCUUCAAUUGUUUUGAAUGUGCUUUACCGGUUAUUGUUUGAUGGCACAUAUACUGAGAGGUUUUUACUGUUUGGUAUAGCAUCGUUACCACAGAUAUAUAUGCUAUGGUAUCCUUAGCAUUUCUACGGUUUAAAACAAACGGAGUUCAACUAAUAAUAUUUAGAUAGUGUUUAACUAUAAUAUAAUGCUAACUGUCCAGUGUAUCCCAUCAAGGCCUGAUAACCCAGCUUCUGUCGAACGCAGCAUUUACUGAUGUUUAGAUUGCUCAUUAGUUUUCUUUUCAUCUCUGCUGUUUUACAGCAGAAUCUCGGUAGCCUUUAGCAUGAUCUAUAAGAGAGUGGAUCUGUGAGAUCACAUUACAUCCUGUGUAAGCUCUGGGUCAUUGGAGGGAUAGUAUUUGGCUGAGGCGAACAUGCUCGUACUACCUCAAGUGACCAUGUCGUCAUAUGAAUGCAGUUCAGACAAAAUCUAUCAAAGAUUCAGAGGCAAUAUGCAUUUCACUGAAACCGGCAAAUUUAUCGCUGUGUCAGGGUUUCCUAUUUUUGUCUUUUGUUUGACUAUUGUGAAAAUAAACUGUUGUAGCACCAGAAGCCAUCUUAAACACAGUUUUAUUGUUUAACCUUCUACACACUCAGAGUACUAAACUCCAGUAGUUUUUCUGUGUAACACUGUUGUCCUUGGCUUUCUUUUCUUUGCUUAUGGUGUUAUUUUAGAAAGGAGAGUCCCCCCCCCCCUGCCCUUUGUCAGAAUGGUUUAGUCCGGCCUGGCUGUAGAUUUCCAUACUGUGGACUAGUUUGUGCUAGAGUUGGGGGAUGGGUGUUGCUAAGCAACAGUCUGUACUUCCCCUCUGUCUGCUGUGCGCUGCUAGCUAGUGUUGGUAAUGACAAUCACCACGCUGCACCUUCAAGUAUUGUAGACACAAGAUCUGAUUUGUAUUUGUAGUACCUGCAAAUAUACCAUGCACUUGAUUUAGUCAUCAGGGGGAAAAUAUCUUCUUUUUAUUUAAUUAUUGCAGACUGCUGUGUCAGGAGCUUUGACCUGACUUUCCCUUUUUUAAAGGGUUCAAUGAAUAUCCAUUAUAGGCUCAUAUAGGCCUCACCCUUUCUAGUACAUACCCCUGCAAGUAACAAGAUGGUCUAGUCCAAAGUGAGCCCCUCCUCCUUUCUUUUAUGUUCUCCUGCUGGCCUCAGCCUGCUGCCACAAUCAACAAAUACGUGGAAGGCCUCAAUCCCACACAUGCUGCUAAAGGUUGUCGAAGGAUUCUGUGGUAAAUCAAUGAGCAAGAUCCUCUCGGGUUGAAGGCAGCAAUGGAAGUUGUUGUGACCGAGGAGAAGAAGAAGAAGAUUUUCCGGGCCAGGAAAACCAUGAAGAUCAGCGACCGACAGCAACUGGAGUGUCUUCACAGCACUUUGUUGACAGCCGCUUCGGGUGUGUCCGACGCGUCGCCGCCACCGUCUCUAGUGAACGGCACGCACAGAGAGGACGGACCAAAAGCGGGGGACAAGGAGCAGAACAACGCCUCGGACUCAAACUCCGGAGAUGCGUCCCCCGCCUCCCCGGCUCCUUACCUGUCCCUCAAUCUGUCCCCGUCCCCGGCCUCUUCGGAAAGUCCAAAAGCGAAGGAAGAAACUCCUCCCACGUCGCCAUUCCACUCUCUGAACUUUGAACUGAAAAAGAUGGAGGGCGACGAGGAGGAGGAGGAGGAGGAGGUGAAGGAGAAGAAAGGCUCACCGGUGUCUUCAUCAAAGGAGUCCGUUACACCAGCAUCAACAGAAUCCAAGGAAAACCAGGAAAAAGAAUCUGAGGUGACCCCAAAGACGGAAAAGAAAGAGGAGGACCAGACUACAACAGAGGACCCAGAUGUGGAUUUGUCCAAGAAUUCUGUCAAAGGUUCAGCUCCAUGUUCACCCGUCCCCGCUCCGGGGUCUGGCUGCACAGAACCAAUGGAUACUGAUAGUGGCACUACGAAGGCCAAGGACCCCGCGGCCUCCACAGUCAAAAUAAAAGAUCAGAAGCCCUUUUGCCUCAAAUCUACCACUUCCGAUUCCUCUGUUCCUUCUCCUGUCUCGUCUCAUCCAGCGUCCUCUUCUAAGGAUGCGAAGCAAGACAAGGGAAUCAAAGAGGACAUAAAAGAAGAGGGUGUGAAGAAAGGAUCAAUCGGUGAGGAAAAGAUGGAGGUGGACUCAACCAAAAAGAAAAAGACUUUAGUUGGACAAACAAAAAAGACAUCUCGGCCAUCUUCCACUCCACCAUCUAAUACAGUAGUGCAGGAGGAGAAGGGCUCCACGUCGGGACUGAAGCGCACUUUAUCAGAGGGUUUCGAAAAAGACGGACAAACCAUAAAAAGAGAGGGGAAGAGGCCCAAGGUGGAGCGCCAGGAGCUGGAGGCGCAACUGGAAUUUAAAUUUACCGCCAAAGCCGGCGAUCCCCACAAACUUGAAAAGAUUGUGCAACAGAUGGUUGAUGAACGGCUGAGGGCCCUGGAGCUGACCAAUUUUGACAAACAUUUCCAAGAGCUGAAGGACAGAGUAGACAAGCUUGAGGGUACCAAUAAACGGCAAAACGCCAUCCUCACACUCCAAGCCAGGAUAAACCGCCUAACAAAGAAGUUUGGAGAGGCCAAUCAGGCGUCAGAGUACAAAAGGCAACAGGAGUCCCUUGCUGCCGUUAGUGCUGCUGCCGUAGCCGCCGCCGCCGCCGCUACUGCUGCCGCCGCCGCCACCGCUGCUGCCGCCAAGCCCCCAAACAGCCCUCAAGUUCAACGGCCAGUCCGUACUUCCAUGGAGAUAAAGCAGAUUGCAGCAAGCGUUUCUUCGUCCAGCACACUUGCAAAUCCAGGCCUGUCAGCUCCGGUCUCAGGUCUGGCCCAUACGCCCACCUCCACCGCCAUGGUGUCACAUGCCCCCAUCCUCCAGCUGAUCACCACCACGUCUAACGCCGGCUCCAACUUGGCCACCGGCAUCACCACUCAGAGCCCCACGGGCACGCUGCUGCUGAAGGCGACCGGCGGGGGCAGCUUGAUGGCGGGGGGCCAGCCGCUCCUCAUCCAGCUGCCGCUAUCGAUGACCAAUGGCCAGGCAGGAACUCUGGUCAACAUCCCCGUCUCCUCGCUGUCCGCGGCCGGCUCGCUCGGCAAGGCCAAAACCACUACUUCCACCGCCACGUUUAUACUCAAGCCUGCCCCCGCCAUUACCACCUCGCCGCACUCGGCGCCGGUCGUCGCCACCGUCCAGGCGCUCCAGGCCGGCCAGAUGUCCCCCGCCCAGAUCUCUCUCGCCCGUGCUGUGUACCAGGGCGGAGCUGGGGGGAUAACUACACCCAACGCGGGGGUGUCCGUGACCACGGCCAGGAUGCCGGCUCAGUCCGUGUCUGUAGCGGGAGCUCUGUCCUCAUCCUCUUCGCCUGCAACCUCUGGACCUGCAGCAACAGGCUCCACCGCUCCAGGACCGCCACAGGGGACGUCUCUGACAUCAAAGACAGACAAUCAAGCUACAGGAUCCAAUCCAUCCAAAGCAGCUGCUCCAGGGGGACGACCCAAAGGCUCCGUCAUCGAUCUCACUGAGGACGAUGAUGACGUACAAGUGACGGGAGUGAAGAGCGCCACUGUCACGGCUCCCUCACCCACCCAGCGACCGACCCCAGUCAUCAGCAUUCCCAACAGUGUGGCACCCAGGUCAUCCCCGCAAAGCAAUCAGAGCGCAUCCAGCAAUCCUCAGUUGACGGUCCACCACCGCCCCACACAGGAUUCUCAGAUGAAACCCCGCCCCAUAACCACUAGUACGCCGACCCGGAGCUCCAGCGUGGUGCUGCCCCCCCUCCCCGCUGCGCCCGCACCAUCACGACUCCCCCCCGAGGCCGAGCGGUCCUCGCCUCCUCAGCAGCCUCAGCUGAAGCUGGUGCCGAGUCAGACGGGCAUAGUGCUGUCCUGGUGCGUCACAGAGACCGACCGCACCUGUGCGGCCGUAGAAAGCUAUCACCUCUAUGCCUUCCAUCAAGACAACUCGAACAGCAGCGCGGCGCAGCAGCACUGGAAGAAGAUCGGGGAGGUGAACGCCCUUCCUCUGCCCAUGGCCUGUACGCUGACCCAGUUCCAGUCCGGAUCCACGUAUCAUUUCGCCGUUCGAGCCAAAGACAUCCACGGGCGCUUUGGCUCCUUCUGUGAACCUCAGUGCACAAAUGUCAUCAAUUCCAGCUCCAGCUGAACAGCUAAGGAGCGGCCAACCAAUUGUUUUGCAUUUGAAAGUUUGUGACCUUUACUUUUUUGUGUUAGAAACUCAAGUAUUGUGCAUUGAACUCCUACAGUAUCUGUAAAUAUCUUUCUGCAUAACAACUGGACUUCUGAAUGGGUUGGAAAAUCGAAGAGCGGCAAACGGUUGGUUCUGUCUGGUUAAUGUUCAUGUUGUAUUUUUUGUGACUCAAGCUGUUGUAUAUAAUUGGAUUACUUUGCCCCUCAACCAAGUCAGAUAUUUAUGUGGUCGUCUCAUGUUACUCUGACCCGGAUUUCUUUGGUUUUACUUCAGAACAGGGGAGAGGAUCAUCGGUGUAAACUCAGAAUUGCACAGAAACAUAUAAAUAUGUGGUAGAAACUGAAUGAUAUCUUUUGUAAGUUUUGUCUGGCAACCAGACUUUGUCAAACACAAUAAAAAAGUUCUUUUAGAGUC